AUGCUGAGGAGGCCGAGAAGAAGACCCACAGGGAAGAAAUCUCACUGCUGCUCUGACUCUGGGAAGAGAUUCACAUCAUCAGGCAUUAAAAUUCAUCAGAGAACACACACAGGAGAGAAACCUUAUAGCUGUGAUCAAUGUGGGAAGAGAUUUUGUACAACUGGCCACCUGACUCAACACCAGAGAACACACACAGGAGAGAAACCUUAUAGCUGUGAUCAAUGUGGGAGGAGAUUUGCUACAUAUGGCAACCUGACUCGACACCAGAAAACACACACAGGAGAGAAACCUUAUAUCUGUGGUCAAUGUGGGAGGAGAUUUAGUCGAUCUGGAGAUCUGACAGUGCACAAGAGAACACACACAGGAGAGAAACCUUAUAGCUGUGGUCAAUGUGGGAAGAGAUUUGCUUCAUCUGGCUCUCUGACUCUACACCAGAGAACACACACAGGAGAGAAACCUUAUAGCUGUGAUCAAUGUGGGAGGAAUUUUACUACAUCUAGCAUUCUGACAGUACACCAGAGAACACACACAGGAGAAACACCUUAUAGCUGUGAUCAAUGUGGGAGGAGUUUUACUACAUCUAGCGGUCUGACAUUACACCAGAGAACACACACAGGAGAGAAACCUUAUAUCUGUGAUCAAUGUGGGAGGAGUUUUACUACAUCUAGCGGUCUGACAUUACACCAGAGAAAACACACAGGAGAGAAACCUUAUAUCUGUGAUCAAUGUGGGAGGAAUUUUGUUAAAUCUAGCCAUCUGACUCAACACCAGAGAACACACACAGGAGAGAAACCUUAUAUCUGUGAUCAAUGUGGGAGGAGUUUUGUUCAAGCUAGCCAUCUGACUCAACACCAGAGAACACACACAGGAGAGAAGCCUUAUAGCUGUGAUCAAUGUGAGAAGAGUUUUCCUACAUCUAGCCAGCUGACUUCACACCAGAGAACACACACAGGAGAGAAGCCUUAUAGCUGUGAUCAAUGUGAGAAGAGUUUUCCUACAUCUAGCCAGCUGACUUCACACCAGAGAACACACACAGGAGAGAAGCCUUAUAGCUGUGAUCAAUGUGGGAGGAGUUUUACUACAUCUAGCCAGCUAACUUCACACCAGAGAACACACACAGGAGAGAAACCUUUUAGCUGUGAUCAAUGUGACAAGAGAUAUUCUGAUAAAAGAUCUCUGAUCAAACAUCAGAAAAUACAUACAUGA